CCAAUAAUACUGCUGAUUACAAUAAAGCAGCAAAAUGUGCUGCUACAGUCCAAAAUACAAUGAGAAAACUGUUGAAACAAUCAACUCUUCACAAUUUUCUCAAGCCGCCAUUGCUGCGCAGGACAAUGCUGAGCAAAAAGUUUGGCAGAGGCUUAAUUAUUUUUGGUUUGUAAAGAGGCAGUGGAAAAGCAACGUAGCUGAAGGAAGGUCACAGUCCACGCACACUCCCAACGUUGUGGUCUUGGGAUGUAUGGCUGAAAGGUUAAAGGAUAAGAUAUUGGAUGCGGAAAAGAUGGUUGAUGUGGUCAGUGGACAUGAUGCUUAUAGAGAUUUUCCGAGAUUGUUGGAAGAAGUAGACUAAGAUCAGAAAGGCAUCAACACUAGAUAUUAGUCCAGUUCAGAUUUCCAAAAAUUCAGUUACUGCUUUUGUCUCUGUUAUGAGGGGUUGCAAUAAUAUUAAUAUGUGCUCAUUUUGCAUUGUUCCUUUUACUAGAGUAAGAUAGUGUUCUCAUCCUUGUGGAAUCUAUCGUAAAGGAAGUGGCAGAGCUUUGGAAAGAAGGUGUGAAGGAGGUUACACUUUUGGGCCAGAAUGUUAACAGCUAUAAUGAUGCUUCAGGGAUUGAACAAUAAGUUUGAAUGAGGAACAAAUUGGAGAUGUAGUGGAGGCUUUAAAAGCAUGGCUAAGGUGAAAAAGAUGGGUUUAUGUUUUGCCAAUCUCUUGGAUCGACUUUCUUCAGAGUUCCCUGAAAUGAGAUUCAGAUACACAUCUCGACACCCUAAAGAUUUCCCACAUGAUUUACUGUAUAUAAUGCAAGACUGCCAUAAUAUCUGCUAAAAUAUUCAUUUGCCUGCACAAACAGGGAGUAGCACGGUACUUGAAAGAAUGUGCCGGGGAUACACUAGAGAGGGAUACUUAGAUCUUGUGUAAAAGAUACGGAAAAUCGUUCCAGAUGUGGGAUUUAGUAGUGACUUCAUAUGCUGUAAGGUUUUGUGAAGUUAUUGUGGUUUCUUGUGGUUCUUUAUGUUUUGAGAUCUGGUUCCAGUAAUCUUGCCUCUAGCCCUGUAGAAGAAUUAUCUUAGAAGAAUAAGAUGAUCAGAAAUUCUUGGAGCCUAGUUCUUAAGUGGGACAACUGCCAUCCAUGUAAAACUUCCUUUUUCUUUUUGUGGAGACUGGUAAUUGACCCCAUGAUUUUAUCAUCUAGUCCAUUAGGAUGUUAAAUUUUGGGCGCUCAGAACUCUGAACUCCAGAGCUUGCAUUUGUUCUUGAGGAGAGCUUACUGGUGCAUUCUUGGCAUUGAUCUUCUCAAUGAAAAUGUAGUUCUUUU